CACUUUCUUUGGCAGCUGUGAUAUGUGCACGCUUCUCUUCAAGAAGGAGGACACACCCAUGAUUUCCAGCACCGUCAUUAAAUAUUCUUUCUUUUGUUAGAUCCAGUGACACUGGCACGACAUCUGCUACAGCCACUGGAUGUCCCACGGACGAGAGACACCUUUUGUAGAAACCCUAAUCUUUUUUAUAUGCUUCUGAGUAAUGGCAGCGAUUCAGCUGACUUGGAUCGUGAGUAUUUGCUUGUCCUCUCUAUUCUCCGACGUGAAUGCACCGAUGAACUUUCGAUAGACGGAAAGUCUUUGAAGGAAUGAUGAAAAAAUCUGUUUCUUUGUGUACUGUUUUGGUGAUACUUUGUUGUGCCUUGCACGCAACAGAAGCAGUUGACUGCUACACUUGCAAUGUAGAUUUUCGAAGUCAGACUUUCGAGCAAAACAAUUCCUGCUUGUUUCCAGUAAAAGAUAAUGAAAGGACCACUUGCAGUUCUGUUUCGAAAUAUUGCCAGGGAGUGAUUACCAGAAUCAAUGGAGUUUUCGUGCAACUCCAGAGGACGUGCGAGACCGACUGCCAAGAAACGUGCACUGAGAAAGGAUAUGGCAUCCAGACGAGGGAGUGUAGAUACUGCUGCAGUAAGGCGCCGGAUUGUGGCAAAGAAGGGUACAAGUCUGCAGCUUCCUGUCUGAAGCAUGCCGCAUGGUUGAUUUUACUCUUAUUAUUGUACGCGCUCAACACUUAAUUCACUUUAGAUAUUUGCGUUACAAGUAUGAUUUGUUCAAUUUUGAAAAAGAAUUUCAAUAAUAAAUGCGAAAGUGUU